AUGCAUAUUUAUGCACAUUUUCUUUUUUGUUAUUUUAUCUUCUUACUGCAAAGUAAACAAUGCGGUUUUUGUUUGUCUCUUGCGAACACAGAAUCAUCAACCCAAAAGUGGCAAAUACAAGAAAAUAUAGCUCAUUUACAAGAACAUAAUAAUCAAUCUUUCAAAAACGACGAAUCAGCAUUGCUUCGUAGUUUGUCAAAAUUAUUUUUGAAUAAAUUAAACAACAUUAUUCUUCAGACAAAUAACAACAGCGCAUUAUCAAAUUCUGAAAAGAAUACAACACAAGAUACCAUCUAUCGAAGGUGUGAUCGAUAUGAAGGAAAUCUAAAAAAUGGAGUGAAAGACGGUUAUGGUAUUAUGUACUAUGCUGAUGGAGGAAAAUAUAUCGGUUACUGGGCUAACAAUACGUGUAAUGGUCAUGGAAUAUUUACAUUCCCUAAUGGUGAUCGGUAUGAAGGAAAUUUUAAAAACGGCCAUGGACAUGGAAAUGGUACUCUUUAUACCGGUAAUAUAAGGUAUUGGGGUGGAUUGAUCGCGGAUCGAAUGACUGAUGAAGGCGAUGUUAAAUGUUUAAAUUAUAGUUUAGACGAAGAACCUCUCAUGAACAAUCAUAUUAAUGUAAAUUAUAGUGAUUACAAUACUUUUUUUAGUAAAUAUAUAGGAGAAUUCGUCGAUAAUCAAUUUCAUGGUCAUGGUAUGCUUGCGUGGUCAAAUGGUGGCCGAUAUGAAGGAAAUUUCAUAAAUGGUACCAGGAAUGGAUAUGGUGUCUAUUAUUGUCGCGAUGGCAGCAAAUGUGCGGGGCAGUGGGUUGAUGGUUAUAUGAAUGGUGAAGGUGUCUGUAACUGGACCACUGGUGAUCGAUUUGAAGGUAAUUUUAAACACCAUAAAAAAAAUGGAAAUGGUACAUACUACUUUGCCGAUGGAACGAAACAUGUUUCUGAAUGGGUCAACGAUACUACAGUCGGUAAUUAUGCAAUUACAUGGUCAAAUGGUGAUCGAUAUGAAGAAAAUGUUAAAAAUAACACAUUAUAUGAAAAUGGUACUUAUUAUUAUGCUGAUGGAAGUAAAUAUAUGAUUAGGAAGAUCAAUGGUAAAUUACUCGACUAUGGUGUGUUAUUAUGGGCAAAUGGCAGUCGAUAUGAAGGACCUCUAUUAGAUAGCAAGUUACGUGUUAUGAAAAACUAUAGACCACAGAUGCUGGUUGUACAUUGA